AGUCGUCACUGUUUGUCACAAAUAUUCUGACGAUUAGGUAUUUUUGUAUUAUUUAUUUAUUUUAACUAUCUGCGUUGAAUGUAUAACAUAGUUUAAUUCAUCGACUUUAAUAAUAAGCUAGUUAAGUGUGUAGCCAGUUUGCACUGGUAAUCCGCUCAUCAGUCUGUAGUGUCGCCGGAAAUGACUUUUACUGGUUUAAAGAGAUCACAUCCGACCUGUGCAUCAUGGAGAUGAAUCGGCGAGUAUUAGUGAUAUAACAACACACUCUCGCCGCCGGAGACGUGAUUUAGCCAGGACUGACCUUUGUGAGGAGGGCCGAAAUACAGUUCCGUGAAAGAUGUUGUCCAAUAUUCUGGCUGAGCAGAAAGGGGCAGAUCAGGUGCCUGCGUCUGCGGCUGGCCCGUGCCAUCGUGCUCCUCAGUCUUCGCUGUAUCAGGAGCAGCUGGCCAAAGGAUGCAGAGAAACCAGCAGGGAGGAGACUGAAUCUGGAGACAGACCUCAGCCCUCAGACUUUGAGAAAGGAAUGAAUGAAGGAACUUUGAGACAGAUGUCGUUUGAUCCAACAGUCAAAAGACAGGAGUCGUUUGGAGUCAAUCCUAGUGCGAUUUGCAUACACAUGUGUACUCAGCAAGAGGGCAAGUUCAGGGAUACACGACCAGCAGGACCAUCAGGAGAGCAGCUUGGAGUUCUGGAACGAAUUCUUGUGUCCCAUCAAACUGAGAUGAAACGUGUACUGACUGAUACCUUCGGAUCUCUGACCCAACGUCUCGAGGCUGUGGAGAGGAGGAUGGACCAGUUGUGUUCACAAAGCAGUGCACAUGCAUGCAGUUUAGCUCAGCUGCACAGUAAAGUUGGCCAGCUGGGAAGAGACUUGUCCUUUUGCUGUCCAAAUACAAUUUCAUCAGAUUACAGUUUUGUAGACGCAGAAGUGCCAAAAGACAACAAAGGAAUCAUCCCAAAUGUCUCCUCUUCUGGGCCACAGUCUCUUUAUAGAUCACCUGAAUCAAAAAAGGACCCUGUGUGUUCAUGGGCAAUGUCAACUCUCGCUCAUAAGCCCGAGGACCUAAGCUGUCAGGGUCUAGGUGGGAAUCGCAGUGGCUCCAGUUCAUCAUGUGGAAACCUAAAAACGUGCUCUUCUGCAAAAACCGACAAUUGUUUGCAGGGUAACUACUCACCCGUUUCAGAUUUUGAAGACCUGGAAAUGGAGCUGGAAGCUGAGAAGGACAGAGUCGCCUUAAGCUUAUUGGUCGAUUCUGUGCUCAGCUGCUCAGAUGACAAUGACAGCCGAAGACUUUCUUGUAAACGGGAAGACCUGUCCUCUAAUAGUGUGGGAAAUAAUAAAUCUGAUCAGAAGGAAGAAGACCUCUUGAAAAAUCAGUGUUUACAUGUUCCUGAACACCCCCGGGUGCCUUCCGUUCAGUUUUUCAAAUCUUCAGCUCCUAGUGGCGCAAAGUCAUAUUCAAAUACAGAUCUUCUUUUUUCGUUCGCAAAAGAAAUAGAUCCAAAGCCCCCUGGGAAACCAGCGGCAUUGACAAAAUCCAGUAAUGAUGAGAGUGAAAAUAGUCAGCAGCAGCAUCAGAUUACCUUCCCUUUGUCCAAUAAGCCACUUGGAGCACUACCCAACCCUGAUAAACCCAAGGGCUGUUCAGUUCUCUUUCAGACUUCUAACAAGAAAGAGAAUGAAAUCUUGCACAAGAUUGAAAUGAAUGGUGUUUUUCACUCAACCACUACCUCAUUGAGUAAUAGUACUUCAGUCUUGAAUCACAUCCCAAUGUCAAGGGAUGUAGAUGGACUGACAGGGACAAAUGCUCGAGAUUCUGUAGAGAGCACACAUAUAAGUAGGAAAGAACAAAGCAUUGAUUGUCAGUUAUCAUACUCAAAGGAUAGCCCUUUAAAUAUAUCUUUUCAAGGGUCAUCAAUCCUGCCAGACUGUAAACUUGCUUUACCAAACCAAUUGGUAAAAGAUGUAGGUGACCAAAAGUCACUAGGUUCGCUUUUGACAUUUCAUCAAGCACACUCCAGUUCCCAUCUCCCGGGCCCAAGAAAUGGGUCCUCCAAACCAUUAGUAGACAGUGACACUAACAAACUGUUAGAUCAGCUCUCGAACACUGCCCACCGCUUGGCAUCCAGUAGCUGUUCCUCAAACGACAUAAACAGAUGGACUGGUUACAGCAGAACUGGAUCCAAGCUCAAACUCAGUGGUGGAAAGAAACAUGACCUUCCUGGAUUUCCCUCUCUUAAAGUUGGAGAAACCCAUUCUUUGUCCUCUCUCGAGCAGGGAGGAGAGAUAUCCAACAACUGGCAGCCGAUACUUGAGGAUACGAUGUCUGCUGUCUCUCCUUGGUUGACUGGUACAUCAGAUUGUCCUUCAAUUGCUUUACCGAUCAACCUGGAUAAAGACUUUGCAGGUUGUCCCGACUUAUCUCAACUUCUUCGGCCUGCUACUCCGCCUUUGUCUACUUUAAGCAAGGGGAGUUUCUCUGGGGCGGGUGUUAGUACCUUCCUGGCUUUAUCUUCUCCAACAUCCUUCAGACUGUGGUUUCGACACAGAAGGCUCAACUUUCCUCUCAUGCAGUUGUCACGUCCUAGUAUCCAUGUGGUUGUGAGUCGGAUUUUGGGGCAGUGCAAGUUUCAUCCUUUUCGAGCUCUGGUUGACUUCACAGCCCCACCAGGCGUAGACAACGAUCACCACUAUACACGACGAUCCAGUCAAGAAGCUACACCAAGCAGGAAAAGAGCUUCAGCACGGAAGGCCAUCUCAUCUUCAUCAGUGUGUCAUCUGUCAAAAAUUCGUCUCACACCAGAAAGAAGUCUGGAUCACCCCUCAUGGCACAACAUCAGCCCCAAGUCGAUUGUGCGAUUGGAUGGAUCCGCCACUGAAUCUGUGCCUAGUUUUGCUAUUGUCAGUGCAAAUGUCAAAUACCCUGGUUUGCAUAGUCGAGGAGCAUCUAGAGAAAUCAUACAGGUGGGACUCUACGAUACUAACGCUGAAGCUCAAGCGGGUCAACGUUCCAAAAGGGUCUCCCAAAUUCGUAUUCGUAAGACGGUUCCCAAACCAGAUAACAACCUUACUCCAAUGGGACUCCCCAAACCAAAGAGGCUGAAGAAAAAGGAAUUCAGUUUGGAGGAGAUUUAUACCAAUAAGAAUUACAAGUCUCCAUUACCCAACAGAAGUCUGGAGACGAUAUUUGAAGAACCGAAAGAGAAGAACGGCUCUCUGAUCUGCAUUGGUCAUCAGAAACGAAAGCGAGUUUUAGACUUCCCCGAUUUCACGCUGCCACGGAAACGCAAGGCUAAAACUAACCUGGGUCCGCUGCGUGCGAAGGUGCCGCGAGGAAGGGCCCGUAGGGGUAGGCAGGAUGACGCUGAUCUUGACGUAAUGCUAAUCGAGAGACUCACAGAACUGGAAGACUAUUUUUCUCGCCAAGGCCUGGAGGUUUAAAUUCAGAUUUUCACAAAUCUAUUCCCAAUAAGUUACCAAAUAAUGUUGGUUUUAGUAUUAUUGCCAGCCAGGGCAUGGAAAGAAUUGGAGCCUCACAGUGUUGUACAUGGAACGAUUAGCAAUAGAUGGGAAUUUUCUUGUAGCAUUUAUAUUUGAGACUUCAACGGUAUUAAGUGCACUGACCCAAAAGAUAAUGUGAGUGUGUGUGUGAGUGAGUGAAUACAAGCACAGUAUAGUAAAGUAUAGUAAACCUUCACUUCAGCACUUUCUGUUUCCUCACAAUGUGACUGCUGCAACUUAGUUGUGUUUCUCAAUUUGCGACAUGUGGCUAACCAACAUGUUCCUUACUGCCAUUUUCUUGCAAAAACAUAAGUAUGGGAAGGAUCCUUUGGUUAAUGCCCUUCAUGGUCUCAGAAACAAGGAGGUGCUCACCUGCCUAGAAUUCUUAUGACCCAUGAAAUUGGCAGAUUUGAUUAUAUUUGGACAGCUUAGUUUGUCUAGAUGAAAUUCUGAGGGAUUUGCUGCCAAAAAUCAAGACUACAAACUAUUUACUACGCACAGUGCUGUGAUAACUAUAAUCUUGUGAGAUGUUUUAAUGUAUUUCACCAUAGAAAUACUAAACUUUGUGUUUCUGCAUUUGGUGUUCAAUGCUGGGCUGUCACGAAUAAGCCAUGGCUUUCCCUCGGCCUCCUCACAUUUAGCUGCUAGACCGUUUAAAUAAACGUUUCCGCUUGUUUGGCGUUGGUUUGAAAGGACUCUCUGAGGAAAACUGAAAAUUCUGUCAUUUACUCACCCUUCACGUUAUCCCAAACCUGUUCAACUGAAUGAGAUGAAAUUAUUUGGGUUUUUUUGGGCCAUAAAAUGAAAGUUAAUAAGAGUCCAAUGUUGUUUUGAGCAUUCUUCAUCAUUUUGUGUUCCAACAGAAGAAAGUCAUGCAGGUUUGGAACGACAUGAGAGUGAGGAAAUAGUCAUAGAAAUUUAAUUUGAGAACAUUUGAGUCCCUUUUUUAUUUAUGCCAUAUAUUAUAUGGCCAAGAGAAUAUGCUGUCACCUUAAACAGGUCAGGUUUGUGACAAAACCCCCAUUGCUCUAAUGUUAACUGUGAAAACGCUUUUAUUAGUCACAAACUUUUGGAUUACACUUAUCCAAAACGGAGCCAAGUUGUGAAAUGUAAUGCUUGUUUGUCGUGAAUAUAUGCUUCUUAUUUGCAGACUUAAUAUCAGGUUGACAUUAGUGAAGCAUUUGGUGAAACCCAUCUUUCAUUUUACUGAUCUGACAUUUACUGGAUGUUAUAUGCAGAUAAUAAAGUGGUGAUUUGGCUAGAUUGGAUGGAUUUUUAGUUUUAUCAUUCCAUUGUGUGAUAUACUGCCGCAACUUUAUUCUUAUUUUUUUAUUUUUUUUGAGGAUGAAAGCAAGGAAACAUACUUUGUUUUGUUGUGGUGUGUUGUCAUAUUUGUAGUGAUUUUUUUUUUUUAUAUAUAUAUAAAUGUAUUUUAUGAAAAGCUUUUGCAAUCAAUUGUUAUGUAGCUUUGGACCUUAUCUGCACUUCACCCCCAAAGAAUCAGCGACCUUUGCCUGACGAGCAUCUCUGUGCCAGUUUGUGAUGUAACCACAUUUCUAAAUCAACCUAUGUCUUUGAAAUUUUAGUAUUUUACUUACUGGCCCAAUUAAAAAUAAUAAUAGAGCUGAUGUGUGUUUUGCUCAAUUAUGCAGUGAAACCGGCUGUUCGAAUUUCUUUUUUUUCAAGAUGGAAAUAUUUUUUAUUUGUAUUGGUUUUUUUAUUUCCAUACCACACGUCCUGUUACAGUACAUAUACUGUUACUGUUGUGCUUCUCUUUGAGCCCACCAUCAGACCAACACUAAGUAUUGCUUGAGUGCUGUCAAUCAGUGUGAUUUUAUAUAUAUUUUAUGAAUAAAAUGGUGUUAACUAAGA